AGACAGAGAGACACGUGCAGAGACAGAGAGACACGUGCAGAGACACAGAGAGACACAGAGACACGUGCAGAGACACAGAAAGACACGUGCAGAGACACAGAGAGACACGUGCAGAGACACAGAGAGACACGUGCAGAGAGACACGUGCAGAGACAGAGAGAGACACGUGCAGAGACAGAGAGAGACACGUGCAGAGACACAGAGAGACAGGGACACCGGGAGACGAAAUGGAGGGCGCUCUGCUCGUGUUGCUGCUCGCUACGGCCUUUGGAGCGGAUCUUCAGGUUUCCUCUCCGGAGAAUGUGGACGUGGAGCUCGGGGCGGACGCCGUCGUCCCAUGCACAUACACCCUCACGGUGCCGCCGGCCACCGCUCGGCCUCCCAUCAUCGUGCAGUGGUUCAUGGCGGACGACUCCGGCAGGAGGACGCGCCUGGUGUACCGCGAGGAGCCGCACGAGUACGUGGUGGACACGGUGCCGGGGAAGAGCGAGCACGUCUCGCUGCGGCCCGACAACUCGCUGGUGCUGCAGCGCGUACGCACGUUGGACGAGGGCGUCCUCGUGUGCCAGGUGUCGGCAAAGCAGCUGGGCUCCAGCGAGGCGUCCACCCAGAUCCGCGUCUACAAAAAUCCGGAGCUCACCAUCAAGGCCUCGACAGCCUCUAUCGGAGUCCUCCACGAGCCCGGAAAGGUGGCCACGUGCAUUGCGAGUCGGGGGUUCCCGGCCUCCUCCAUCGAGUGGCUCAAAGAUGGAGAGCUCCUCCCCGAGAACCAGGAGAAAAACGAAGAGCUGUACAUGGAGGGUGCACGAGGAGAAGGAGUCGUUGGGUCUCUACACCGUGACCUCUGAACUCUACUACCGCCCGAGCCGCCAAGGAUGCAAACUCCGUGUACCAGUGCCCGCUACCACCACCAGAUCUCGUCGGGAGUCAACAUCAGCCUCAUCUACCCAACGGAGAGACUCUCGCUGUCCGUGAGUCCCCGCGGCCCCGUGGUGGUGGGAGACCGAGUCACCCUUCACUGCGCGGCGGACGGGAACCCGGCUCCUGAGUUCACCUUCUCUCGCUCCGU